GAAAUGGUUCAAAUAUCAUCCAGCAUGGCGGUUGCCUGAAUUGUAAACGUUUGUCGUCAACGUGUAUCUGAGCUGAUCUGAGCAUUUCCUUUUUAGAACUAACGUGAUUUUUCGUUGGAGAGAAGUAUCCACGUACACCGUAUUGACUCACAAUGGUCUCCCUAAAUCCAGUACGGAUUCUCAAAAAUGAAGCUGGAGAAGAGAAGGCAGAAAUUGCUAGGUUGAGCUCAUUUGUUGGAGUUAUAGCUAUUGGAGACUUGGUGAAAUCUACUCUUGGUCCUAAGGGCAUGGACAAAAUACUCGUGUCUCAUGGUAGGUCCGAGGGACAGGUACAUGUUACUAAUGAUGGAGCUACUAUCCUUAAGAGUGUUGGCGUUGAUAAUCCUGCUGCCAAGAUUUUGGUGGAUAUGUCUCGUGUCCAAGAUGAUGAAGUAGGCGAUGGUACCACUUCAGUCACUGUUCUUGCUGCCGAGCUUUUACGAGAAGCUGAAAAGUUAAUUGAGAAUCAAAAAAUUCAUCCACAAACUAUCAUUAGUGGUUGGCGAAAUGCUACAAAUGUAGCAACUGAGGCUUUAAAAAAUGCAACUACGGACAAUUCUGCUAAUCCUGAUCGUUUUCGAGAGGAUUUACUAAAUAUUGCGCGUACAACACUGAGUUCGAAGAUCUUAUCUCAGCACAAAGAGCACUUCAGCAAGCUUGCAGUCGACGCAGUGUUACGUCUUAAAGGUUCUGGUAAUUUGUCUGCGAUUCAAGUUAUAAAAAAACGUGGUGCAACACUCGCGGAUUCUUUCUUGGAUGAGGGAUUUUUACUAGAUAAAAAACCCGGUGUUCAUCAACCACAAAAAGUUUCUGAUGCGCGUAUACUUAUCGCUAAUACAUCAAUGGAUUUGGAUAAGAUCAAGGUAUUUGGUUCUAGAGUACGUGUAGAUUCAAUGGCAAAGAUAGCUGAAUUAGAAGCUGCGGAAAAAGACAAGAUGAAGGAUAAGGUUGAUAAAAUCUUGAAACAUGGAUGCAAUGUCUUUAUCAAUAGACAAUUGAUAUAUAAUUAUCCAGAGCAAUUGUUUGCCGAUGCUGGAAUUAUGGCUAUUGAGCAUGCUGAUUUUGACGGUAUCGAGAGACUUGCGCUUGUUACUGGUGGGGAAAUUGUUAGUACUUUUGAUAAUCCAGAAUUAGUCAAACUGGGAAAAUGCGAUCUUAUCGAACAGGUUAUGAUAGGAGAAGAUACGCUCCUAAGAUUCUCUGGAGUUCCAUUGGGUGAAGCGUGUACUGUCGUUAUUCGUGGUGCAACGCAGCAGAUUAUCGACGAAGCCGAGAGAUCGCUGCAUGAUGCACUCUGCGUUUUAGCCGCUACAGUACGUGAGUCGAGAAUAGUUUACGGUGGUGGAUGCAGCGAAAUGAUAAUGGCUUGCGCCGUUAUGCGAGCGGCCGCGGCCACGCCGGGUAAAGAAGCGGUGGCGAUGGAAUCCUUCGCACGAGCGUUGCAACAACUGCCGACGAUUAUAGCCGACAACGCUGGCUAUGAUUCAGCGCAAUUAGUUAGUGAGUUAAGAGCCGCACAUAAUUCCUGUGGCAAUACUAUGGGAUUAGAUAUGGAAAUGGGUAAAAUUGGAUGUAUGAAGCGCCUAGGAAUCACUGAAUCUUGGGUGGUAAAAAGACAAGUGCUUGUGAGUGCUGCUGAAGCAGCAGAAAUGAUACUUCGAGUGGAUGAUAUUUUACGCGCGGCUCCUAGAAAACGCGUACAAGAUAGAGGACGUUGUUAAUUCAUUAAGAAAAGAAAGAAAUUUUUACUUUUGCUUCAAUUUCAUAAUUGCUUGAAAUGUUUCAUACGUAACGUUCGUGUGGUCUCUUCAAUUAAUCAAUGUGUUUAAUAAUUUAAAUAUUACAUUGUAUUAGUUGCUCAUCGAUAAAAAUGCAUUUGAUAAUA